CUCCGGUAGGCCGGGGUCUUUUCUUCUGCCAGCCAUGGGUUCAGGUCUCUUCAAGCCUUGUGUUCAUCCGGACUUCCGUGUUGUUUUCUCUAAGAUGUCUUUCGGUGACAAGAUUGGCUUUCUAUUCGUUCAUGCAUUUGACAAGAGAAACCUGUGGCACAAGAUGCCUGUUCUGAUCGGUUUACUGUACCUGAACACCCGUCGGACCCUCCUCGAAAAAUACAACCUGCUAGCUGUUGGGAGUUCUCAUGGUGCUCUGAUUGACCCCAAGGAUCAGUUCAUGUACCGCACCGGAGAUGGCAAGUACAAUGACCCCGAUAAUGCUGAGGCUGGUAGCCAAUACACAUUUUUUGGGAGAAACAUGAAGCCGGUUGAUCAAGAGUAUGAGUUGAUGAGCCCAGAUCCAUUUGUUGUGGCGACAAAGCUGUUAGCCAGGAGAGAAUACAAGGACACAGGAAAACAGUUCAAUAUACUAGCAGCUGCAUGGAUACAGUUCAUGGUUCAUGACUGGAUGGAUCAUAUGGAGGAUACCAAACAGAUUGAAAUCACAGCUCCAAACGAAGUGGCCAAUAAGUGCCCACUCAAAUCAUUCAAGUUCUAUGCCACAAAAGAACUGCCUACGAAUUCUGAUGGAACAAUAAAGACUGGUUACUACAAUGUCCGCACAGCUUGGUGGGACGGGAGUGCAAUAUAUGGUAAUAAUGAUAAAAAGGCAGAAAAGCUCAGGACUUAUGUUGAUGGAAAACUAGUGAUCGGAGAUGACGGUCUUCUUUUGCAUGAGGAGAAUGGUGUGGCAUUAUUGGGCGAUGUCCGCAACAGUUGGGUUGGGGUUUCGAUCUUACAAGCUCUUUUUGUUAAGGAACACAAUGCAGUGUGUGAUGCAAUAAAGGAAGAACAUCCCAACCUAUCAGACGAAGAAUUAUAUCGAUAUGCUAGAUUGGUCACUUCUGCUGUCAUUGCAAAGGUUCACACUAUUGAUUGGACUGUGGAGCUUCUCAAGACUAAGACCAUGAGAGCUGGAAUGCGCGCAAAUUGGUAUGGUUUAUUGGGUAAGAAAAUAAAAGAUACAUUUGGUCACAUAGGAGGACCGGCAUUAGGUGGGCUUGUGGGAUUGAAGAAGCCGAUCAACCAUGGCGUACCUUAUUCUUUGACUGAAGAGUUUACUAGUGUUUACAGAAUGCACUCCCUAUUACCAAGCACUCUUAAGCUCAGGGAUCCGACCGGCCAACCCGAUGCAAAUAAUUCCCCACCGUACUUGAAAGACGUCGAUAUUGGAGAGUUGGUUGGUCUCAAGGGGGAAGGACAACUAUCGAAAAUAGGCUUUGAAAUGGAAAUAUUAUCAAUGGGAUAUCAAGCUUGUGGUGCACUUGAACUAUGGAACUACCCAAGUUUCUUCAGGGACCUCAUACCACAAAAUUUGGAUGGUACCAAUCGAUCUGACAGGAUCGACCUUGCUGCCCUAGAAGUAUACAGAGAUAGGGAGAGAAGUGUACCGAGGUACAAUGAGUUCAGGAGAAGACUAUUUCUGAUUCCAAUAAAAUGCUGGGAGGAUCUGACAAGUGACAAGGACGCAAUUGAAGCCAUAAGAGCAAUAUAUGGAGACGAUGUAGAGAAAUUGGAUCUUCUUGUUGGUCUUAUGGCAGAGAAAAAAAUCAAGGGGUUUGCCAUAAGCGAAACAGCAUUCAACAUUUUCAUUUUAAUGGCAUCGAGGAGACUGGAAGCAGAUCGAUUUUUUACAAGCAAUUUCAAUGAGAAAACAUACACAAAGAAGGGGAUGCAAUGGGUCAAAACAACUGAAGGCCUACGGGAUGUGAUCAACCGGCACUACCCUGAAAUCAGUGCCAAGUGGAUGAAGUCCUCUAGUGCUUUCUCUGUGUGGGAUGCAGACUACUAG